AUGCACAACUGAUUCAUCUUGCGGUGGUACAGCCCUCAAAAAUCAAAACAAGCAUCUCCGCGCUUAGCUGGAUGCUACCUUGUAUCUGUACAUAAAGAAACUCAGUAUUCGUGACAGAAAAAGACUUUCGUCAUGUCGAAUAUGGACAAACAUUUGUUUAACCUCAAGUUUGCUGCCAAGGAACUACAGCGCAACUCCAGGAAAUGUGAUAAAGAGGAAAAAUCUGAAAAAACUAAAGUGAAACAGGCUAUCCAGAAGGGUAAUAUGGAGGCAGCGAGGAUCCAUGCAGAAAAUGCCAUCCGCCAGAAGCACCAGUCCAUUAACUUCUUGAGGAUGAGUGCCCGUGUGGACGCUGUAGCCUCUAGGGUCCAGACCGCUGUCACUAUGAACCAGGUGUCAAAAUCCAUGUCUGGAGUGGUGAAGUCUAUGGAUGCUACACUGAAAAGCAUGAACUUGGAGAAGAUCUCUUCACUGAUGGACAAGUUUGAAAAGCAAUUUGAGACUCUUGAUGUGCAGACAGCCCAGAUGGAGGACACCAUGAGCAGCACAACCACUCUGACAACCCCUCAGAAUGAAGUGGAUAUGCUGUUGCACGAGAUGGCUGAUGAAGCAGGCUUGGAUCUUAACUUGGAGCUUCCUGCAGGCCAGACUUCUUCACUGGCUUCAUCUGUGGCAUCAGCAGAGCAGGAUGAGCUCUCCCAGAGGCUGUCCAGGCUGCGAGACCAGGUGUCGUAGUGACACGACGAAGAAAGUGACGAGGAGGGAAAAGAAGAAAAGGGAAGAAGUCACAGGGAGUGAAAAGAAAAGGUGGAGGCCCCAUAAAAACAAAAAGUACAAUGUGCCUGCAGGCUUUGUGCCCUACACUGUGUUCUGGGUUUGUGUGUGUGUGUGUGUGUUUUUUUUUCUUUUGAGAGGAAUACAAGAAAAGCUUGAAAGCAGAAAAGGACACUUGUAAGACGUUUACAGUCCUGCUUCAGACUGUAGCACUCAGUAAUAAUGUUGUUUUGCACACUCAUUUUUAAAGUGUAGCCAGCGACAGGUUCUGCUCUGAUAUGUGUAUAUUUAAAUAUGUGACAGGAAGUUGAGAAAAAAAGAAGUGUGGACAGCUAUUACCUCAUUGCUGACUGUAUCUGUAAAUAAUGCCAAAAAAGUAAUAUAUUUAUUUAUGUACUAAUUUAUUUACUGACUCAGUGGGUAUUCUAAGGGCACACUUUUACUGCAACUGCAUUGUGUAUACUGCAUGACUGAGGAUGCAGACAUUUCAGUUAUUGCUUCUGUUUUGCUUCCAGCUGCACGACUGUAAUACAAAAUUCUCCAGGUAAAUUGUUUCCUUGAGUACUGAAUAAAACUUUGUUCAUGUAGCAGUAACCACUCCAAAGGCUCAUACCGCAUUAUUC